CCUUCCGUCUUCACCAAAGAAACAACAUACAGCAGCCAUGAAAGUUCUGAUCAUCGUCCUGCUGGUGGGUCUGGCAGCAGCAAGACCUCAACCAGAAGCUGACCCUAAAGCUGGCUUCGGUGGCUUAGGUCUCGGUCUCCCAGGUCUUGGCUAUGGUCUAGGAGGUGGCUACGGUCUCGGAGGUGGCUACGGACUCGGAGGCGGAUAUGGUCUUGGAGGUCUCGGCUACGGAGGAUAUGGUCUCGGAGGCCUUGGAGGGUACGGUCUUGGCGGUGGUCUGUACGGCUAAGAGACUAUACCUUCCUUCUGUAAUAAGACAAGACCAUCUUCAUGUUUCAAAAAAUCCCAUUUCCAUAGGCUGAUAAAAAUCUAACUUCCUCUUCAUGUGUGUCAUUAUUGCAUAUGGUCAUUACACAAAUAAAUUUAUGAUCAAGAGAA